AUGGCCUUCCCAGNCUCAGCUUUCCUUCCUUUCCAGGUGGAGGUGGAAGAGUUCCAGAACUACGAGAAGGCCUUGGGAGCCCUGACCGAGGCCUACAAGUGCAUGUCCAAGGCAAAGACGCGGAGCCCAGCGGAGCAAGAGAACAAGCUGGCACACCUACAGACCAAGAUGGCCCUGGUGAAGAGGUUUAUUCAAGCCCGAAGACUUUACUCCGAGGACCCCAAAGAGGCCAUCAGGCAGUGCGAGCUGCUCCUGGGAGAACCUGAUCUUGAGACCACCGUCCGCCUGGGGGAUGUACUGGGAUUGCUGGUGGGGCAUCAUUUGCAGCUGCAAGAAUUCCAGAUGGUGAGUCUCCCAUCUGCCCUAAAUAAUUGUCAGCCGUCGGUGGCAGUCCUGGGGAAGAGGUACGAAUACAGUAAUCCGGGCCUCGCUGUGCUACCCAUCCGACAGUAUUCCGUUACCUCUUCUCCCCACCUGGAUGGCUUGGGACAGAGGAAGUCAGAGGAAGCAAUUAUGUAG